UGCCAGGAGGUGAGGAAGAAGAAGGACCUGGAGUUGCAGAUUUUAACAGAGCCAAUCAGAAACUGGGAGGGUGAUGACAUCAGAACCCUUGGCCCUGUUCUCCACAUGUCCCAAGCCACAGUCCACACACAGAACUGUCAGGAGUCAAAUGAACGCUACCUCGUCCUCUUCCCUCACACUUUGAUCAUACUAUCAGCCAGCCUGAGAAUGAGUGGAUUCAUCUAUCAGGGGAGGAUGCCACUAUCAGGAAUGCUCAUCUCCAGAAUAGAAGAUGGAGACAGCCUGAGGAAUGCUUUUGAAAUAUCCGGUCAGCCAUCUUUGUCAUUUAGCAGUAGAUCCUACUGAUGUCAGCUGAACCAUGUCG